ACAGUAAUAAGUUUCGGUUGAAUCACUUUUGACGUAAUGUUCAGUAUAAAUGAAACGAUCCUUUUUUUAUUAAUCGUGACGACAGGAGCAACUAAAAGUGAACCUAUUCUUCUAUUUCCAAAGAACACACUAUUCCAGAUAACAUUUGGAGGCUCCACUCCUAUCGAAAUGAGCAAAAGAGGAGGUCUAGUAUUCUCAUCUGGAUACCAAUUCAAUUAUGCUUUACCAUGGAAUGUCUCUCAAUUCGAACCCUUGAUUGUAUCAGCUAGGCAAAGCCGCAAUUUAGACUUACAAGAUAUAUAUUCCUCUCUCGAACACUUACUGGAAAGCACUGGUUGGGAAAAAGGAAGAGAGUGCCUUUUAAGAACAAUUUGUGAGCUUGCCGAGACCCCCUUAGCAAGGAGCAGUCAGGACAUUGUUGAGGAUAUUAUUCAUCUGCUUCUUACACCAUCGGAAGAUUUACCGAGGACUGGUUAUUCGAGUCAGCGGAGCGUCAACAAAUUAUAUCAAGAAGCUGAACGAUUAGGAAGGUCUGGUGGUGACUGCAUUCUAAGUUAUCCGGACUGCAUUGAAUCACCGUUAAAGUCAUUUACCCAAAUCAUAUUUCCUUAAGGAUUUCUCUCUUAAUAACAACUUUCAACGCGACAUCUAAGGGAUUAUUUUUGCAUUUCAAAAACGAUUAUACAUUUACGCUGCACAUUUAUGUAUAUUUUCUUUGGGAAAAAUUAAAUAUGUAAUUAUACAUGUAUGAAAAAUUCGUGGAAAUAAACUUUAUGAUUGGUCCAGCGGAUGCUGAAUUACACUCAAAAUAAUUUUUGAAAAAUUAAAUUUGCGAGAUAAUCGCUCCGGAAUACCAUAACUGUCAUUAGAAAAAAGUAUCGAACAAAAAAUGUAAAGAGCACUUAUUGAUUGGUCCAGCAGAUGCUGAGCUACACUUAAAAUAAUUUUCGAAAAAAUUACGAAAAAUUAAAUUUGUGAGAUAAUCGUUCGGGAAUACCACAACUUUCAUUAGAAGAAAGUUCUGAA